UAUAAAUAGUCGUCUAUCGGUAUCGACUAUCGAAUACAAUCGAAUAAGUCGAUCGAAUCCAAGGGACCAAACUUUUUAGGUUAUUACUUUUAUUAUUCGAUUUAAAAAGUUUAAAAUAUAUACUUAAAUUGAUAUUAUUUGAUCUAUAAAAAUGAAUGCAGAUGCCAAACGUAUAGUACGUAAGUGCAGGAGGUUUGCUGUUAGGUUAAAAGAACAUAAGAAUGUUGCAUGCAUUGAUGAACCUACAACAGAAAUAGUACUGUGCAAUGUUGGGCAAGCAACAGGAUUUACAAAAAAUGAACUACAAGAAAUAAUACUGGAAAAGUUACCCAAUGUUAAUCUCUCAAAGUAUAUUGCUGAAAAAGGAGAGUCACAUUCUUUUGCAAUAUUUGGUAGUAUCGAACAUUCAAAAUUGUUUUUCGAUACGUACAAUGGUAAAGCAACUCAAAAUGGUAUAAUAAUUUAUAUGAGCUAUGUGACAAAAGUACCAAGUGAUGAAACAAUAUACAUAACAGAUUUGCCGAGUGAAUUACAUAUUUUGCAUGACUUUAUUUCUAUUGAAGAGGAGAUACAAUUCUUAAAAUUAUUUGAUUGGGUUGAUGAGUGUAAUCUAAAAAAUCGUAAUGUCAAACAUUAUGGCUUUGAAUUUCGGUAUGGUACCAAUGAUGUUGACUUAAAAGCACCGUUAGAAAAUAAAAUACCAGAAGAAUGUAGUAUUCUAUGGGAGAGACUAAAAGAAAAAGGUCUUAUUGUAAAUAUUCCAGAUCAAUUAACUGUUAAUAAAUAUGAACCAGGACAGGGUAUCCCAUCACAUGUAGAUAAACAUAGCCCUUUUGGUAACACUAUAAUAUCACUGUCUUUGGGCUCGACAAUUGUAAUGGAUUGGAGACAUCACUCUGGCAGUUACAUACCCAUAGUUGUUCCAAGAAGGUCAAUGCUUAUAAUGCAAGGAGAAGCAAGAUACGACUGGCAACAUGGCAUUCAGCCCCGUACUUGGGACCCCGUUAUCCAAGAGCGAACUGAGAACGGAGCAAGAGUCCGUGUGGCCACGAGCGACACAGUAGAGAGAGCCACUAGGGUCUCUCUCACGUUCAGAGAAACCCGGCAGGGCCCGUGCGAGUGUCGCUAUGAGACGCUGUGUGAUUCGCGAACCUCGGAAACAGACGUUGCAGCACAAUUAGAGGAGCUACAUGUGCAUCAAGUGUACGAAAAAAUCGCAUGCCACUUCAGCAAGACAAGACACAAGCCGUGGCCGAAGGUUGUGGAGUUCAUGUCUCAGGUGCAGCCCGGCUCUGUGGUGCUCGACCUGGGCGCGGGGAACGGGAAGAACAUCCUCAACAGAUCUGACAUCAUACAGAUAGCCGGGGAGAGGAGCGAGGGCUUGUUGUGGGAGUGCCUGGGCCACGUGCGCGAUGUCCCCACGGCGCAGUGCGUGCGCCUCGACCUGCUGCACGCGGGGCUGCGGGCUCUGUGCGCCGACGUCGUGAUCUGUGUCGCUGUCGUGCACCACUUCUGCAGCCAGAAAAGAAGACAACAGGCGAUCGCAACCAUAGCUCGUGUACUCCGCUCCGGGGGCAAAGCUCUUGUUACAGUCUGGGCCAAGGACCAAACCAACUCCAACUACAUCUGCCGCAGCGGGCACUCAGACCAGACUGUCACUACUGUCGGCGGUCUCAACCUGCCCGUACACGAGAACAGGACGCAGUUCAAACACAACGACGUGCUGGUGCCCUGGAAAUGCCGGAAAGUGACCAAUGAGAAGUUGGGCGACGACGAAGGAACCUUUCUCAGGUAUUAUCAUGUCUUCGAGGAGGGAGAGUUGGAUAGUUUGUGUGAGAGCGAAGGACUGGCGGUGGAUAGAAGUUUCUACGAAGAAGGUAAUUGGUGUGUUAUUUGUACAAAACCCUAGUAAGAAACCUGUAAAGUGUAAAAAAUAAUGUAUAUAUUUUUAUAUUGAAAUAAUAAAUACUUGGUGCUGA